AUGUCUCGCCGUCGAAUAUCCCACAGCGAGAUGAACGAAGCUCUUGCCUACCCCUUCGCCAUGCAGUCUAACGGCCCUGCCUUUCAAUCAAAUGGUCAACCUCAACCUCGAGUCCGAGGACCUAUCGAAGGUCCCGAUGGCCGUCGUCUCAUCCGCCGUGUCACAUGGCGCUCCUCGACAUAUAAGCUCAUGGCUUCCCUCUGGGUUCUUGCCGUCCUCUACAUCGUUUGGCUAGUUCGGGAUCUCUUCUUACCUAUCCCCGCCGAGUCGGAGACGGAUUCUACGAAACCACUCGAGUAA